AGGGCCCCGAGGAACCAUUCCAAGACUUAUAAGGUCCCCCGUCGACCUUUCGAAUCCGCUCGUCUCGAUGCCGAGCUGAAGCUCGCAGGUGAAUACGGCCUCCGCAACAAACGCGAGAUCUGGCGUAUCGCCCUCAUCCUCUCCAAAAUCCGUCGUGCCGCCCGUGAGCUCCUCAAACUCGACGACAAGGACCCCAAACGUCUCUUCGAGGGUAACGCCCUCAUCCGCCGUCUCGUGCGCAUCGGUGUGCUGGACGAGUCCCGCAUGCGUCUCGAUUACGUGUUGGCCCUCAAGAUUGAAGAUUUCUUGGAGAGAAGGCUGCAGACUCAGGUUUUCAAGAGUGGUUUGGCUAAAUCCAUCCAUCAUGCUCGCGUGUUGAUCAGGCAAAGACAUAUCCGCGUCGGCAAGCAAAUAGUCAACGUCCCUUCAUUCGUCGUCCGACUUGACUCGCAAAAACACAUCGACUUUGCUCUUACUUCGCCUUAUGGUGGAGGUCGCUCCGGUCGCGUUAAGCGUAAGCGUGCUGCUGCCGCUGCCAAGAAGGAGGAAGGUGGUGACGAGGAGGAGGAAGAGUAA